AUGGAAAGUGAGAAGGAGAAAAGAGAGUUCCAGCGAAAUACCUCUUGGUGGUGUUGUGGCCAAGGUGAUUUCCAGCGUCUCAUUCGUGAUGGUGCAAACAAGGAUGAACACCUUGAAUAUGAGUAUGAACAUGAUGAACAUGAUGAACAUGAUGAACAUGAUGAACAUCUUGAGCAUUGGUAUGAAUCUGUUGAAUGUAUGCUUCUAGAGGGUUUGGUAGAAGGUCUUGUAGAAGCUAGGAUGGUAGUUCAUGAGGGUGAGAUGAGUGAGCCACCAGUAAACUCUGGGUCAGAGGCAUAUAAGGAGAUGCAGAUGAAUUAUAAAGUGUUAGAGGCCAUAGCUGAUCGGGUUCUAACUAUGCCUCGUUCACCAGAGGUGGGCUCGAGCAACUAG